AUUGACACUUCUUUCAACGAUCUAACAUCAUUUGAAUUUUAGUUUCUCACGAGUUGAUUUAUACUAGUAGUUAUUUUUCAUCAGUUUUGUAAAAAUAUUAAGUCUUCAACUUUAAUUGAAAUAAAAACAUAGAUAAUCGAAAAUGGAUCCAACAAAUUCAAUUCCUGCAUUUUAUGCUGGAAAGAGUGUUUUUAUAACAGGAGCUACUGGAUUUAUGGGUAAAGUUCUUGUGGAAAAAUUAUUACGAUCUUGUCCAGAAGUUCGUGAAAUAUUUGUUUUAAUGAGACCAAAAAAAGGGAUAUCUAUUGACAAUAGAGUACGUCAAUUAUUAAGUCUUCCGCUUUAUGAUAGGUUGAGAAAAGAAAGACCUUCUGCAAUCGAUAAAGUUGUUCCCAUCGAAGGCGAUACGAUGAAAGAAGGCUUAGGAAUUCCUGAUUUUGAACGAAAAGUUUUAAUUGAAAGAGUUUCUGUCGUUUUUCAUGUUGCUGCUAGUGUUAGAUUUGAUGACCCAUUGAAAGCAGCUGUUUUUACAAAUACUAGAUCUACUAGAGAUAUGUGUAUUCUUGCAGCUCAAAUGAAAAAACUUGUUUCAUUUAUGCACGUCAGUACAACUUAUAAUCAAGCUGAUAAACCGGUUGUUGAAGAAAAAUUGUAUCCAUUUGACACCGAUUGGAAAAAAAUGAUUAAAAUUGCCGAGAAUUUAGAUGAUGAAUUACUCAAAACUUUUACACCCAAAUUUUUGGGAAGUUUUCCAAAUACUUAUACUUUUACAAAACGUUUAGCUGAACGAGUUAUUAGUGAUUAUUCACACGCGAUACCGGCUAUAGUAUUUCGACCGUCAAUUGUUAUAUCAACGUUGAAAGAACCAGUCGCCGGGUGGGUAGAUAAUUUUAAUGGUCCAGUAGGACUGAUGGUUGGCGGAGGUAAAGGAGUAUUACGAGUUGUUUAUGGUGAUUCAAAAUUAAAAGCUGAUUUUAUUCCUGUUGAUGUCGCUAUUAAAGCUAUGAUCGUUGCAAGUUGGAAACGAGGAAUAAAUACUAUAACUAGAGAUCCUUCUGUACACGUAUACAAUUGUUCUUCAGCAGAUAUUAAAAAUUUAUCUGUUGAUGAACUUAAACGUAUGGCUUUGAUGUGUGCAUCAAAAAAUCCACUUGAAGGCAUUAUUUGGCGACCAUCUAUUAGUUAUACUACCAACGCUUUAUAUUACUAUACCCUGAUGUUACUAACACAUCUUUUACCAGCUCUAUUACUUGACGCUGUUCUCACUUUGAGUGGACAUAAGCCAAUUCUAGCUAAGUUACAAAGGCGAGUUUAUAUCGCAAAUACAGCUUUGUCGCAUUUUCUAACCCACGAAUGGCAAUUUAAAAAUGAAAAUAUGUUCGGAUUAAUAUCCGACGUUUCACCAUCAGAUUUAGAUGAUUUUCAAUUCGAUUACGCUUCUUUUGAUGUAGCGUACUACUUUCAAAAUUGUUUGACGGGUGCAAAAAAAUAUCUUCUCAAUGAAAAAGUAAACAAUACAUCCGCUACAAGGUCGCACUUGAACAGAAUGAUUUGGAUUGACAGGAUAUUCAAGGGUUUACUUUUCUUAUCCAUCAUUUGGUUUAUUUAUAAAUCUGAUAUAUACUCCUAUUUCAUCAAUAUUUAUGAUUAUUAAAGAUCAUAAAAUUAUAAGUACCGUGACUGAAUCAGUAAAGGAACGCUUUUAACCAGCAAAUGAAUGAACGAUCAUAUUUUUAAAUUUCUUAGUACAGAAGGAUUCAACAAAAUUAGAAUUAAAGUUCUAAAAGUAGUCAAUCAGACAGUAAUGAAGUUUUCUUUAUGUAAUUGUGAUUAGGAUCUAAAUGAUGCAGGCAAAAAUUAAAUGACGUUCAUUUACUGAUCGUGUUCAUUAAUUGGAACUGUCACCCAAUAUAAUAUUAGUACGCAAUUGAUUAAAUAAUUUUAUGUCUUAAAUUAAUUAUAAUUUUUUAGUUGGUAAAUUUGUUUAUUUUAAAUCAGAUGAUUUUAAUCUCAUAAAUGAUUAUUUUAAAAUUAAUAUUUUU